CUCCUUUGAUCUGUCCCUUCUAAUCUUUCAUUUUGAGGUCUAAAAGCACUUCCCUCAAAGCAAAUAAGAAGGGGGGAAAACCAGUCUUGAUCUAUUUAUCUUAAAUAAAGCUUGAUCAUUUAAUUGUUUUUUUCUUGUUGUUUUUAUGGUGUUAAUCGCCUUGCGUAGAUUCUUCACCUAGUGACUCAUUUUUCCAGCUGAAAUUGUCUUUAGUCUCCUCUGCAAAAAGCCAACAUCUUCUGGCCUUGUAGUGUUUUUUGGCCUUUGGAAAAGCAAUUUCUCUCUCUCUAUUAUUAGCAAAAGCUGUUAACUUAGCCUCAGAAUCUCUAACUAGCUGAAUCUUGAGUGUUGCCUGAGCUUGAACUACUUAUCUCAAAACCAUUUCUUUGGAGAUUUUUGGGAUUUUGGUCUUGGCAUUAUUGGGCCCUUACCAUUCCGUGAUCUUUUGAUUUGGGGUUUAAGUGCUAAGUGAAAUUAGUUUCUCCUUUUACUUUGGGGCUUCCUGUUAGAUGCCAACUGUUUUCUUCCCAAAGUUCAAGCUAAGAUGCAGCCUGAUCAGAGAAGAAAGUCGGCAGUGGAUGUAGAUUUUUUCACCGAAUAUGGUGAGGGGAGCAGAUAUAGAAUAGAGGAAGUAAUUGGAAAAGGAAGCUAUGGUGUUGUUUGUUCUGCUUAUGACACGCAUACUGCAGAAAAGGUUGCAAUUAAGAAGAUCAAUGAUAUAUUUGAACAUGUAUCUGAUGCUACCCGGAUUCUCAGAGAGAUUAAACUUCUCAGGCUCCUACGUCAUCCUGACAUUGUUGAGAUCAAGCACAUCUUGUUGCCUCCUUCGAGAAGGGAAUUUAAAGAUAUAUAUGUGGUAUUUGAACUAAUGGAAUCUGAUUUACACCAGGUUAUCAAAGCAAAUGAUGAUUUGACCCCAGAACAUUACCGGUUUUUUCUUUAUCAGCUUCUUCGGGGCCUGAAAUACAUUCACACAGCCAAUGUUUUUCACAGGGAUCUAAAGCCUAAAAAUAUCUUAGCCAAUGCUGAUUGCAAACUGAAGGUCUGUGAUUUUGGACUUGCAAGAGUAGCUUUUAAUGAUACCCCCACUGCAAUAUUCUGGACGGACUAUGUUGCAACAAGAUGGUACAGGGCUCCGGAAUUGUGUGGAUCCUUCUUCUCCAAGUAUACCCCAGCAAUAGAUAUAUGGAGCAUUGGGUGCAUCUUUGCUGAACUUUUAACAGGGAAACCUUUGUUUCCUGGAAAAAAUGUUGUCCAUCAAUUGGAUCUGAUGACUGAUCUUUUGGGAACACCGUCUGCUGAAGCCAUUUCUAGGAUACGUAAUGAGAAAGCUCGGAGAUACUUGAGCAGCAUGCGAAAGAAAAAGCCCAUUCCACUCUCCCAGAAGUUCCCUAACGCAGAUCCUCUUGCAGUUCGUUUGUUAGAAAGGAUGCUAGCCUUUGAACCCAAGGAUCGACCUACUGCUGAAGAGGCCCUAGCUGAUCUAUAUUUUAAGGGCUUGGCCAAAGUUGAAAGGGAACCUUCUGCUCAACCUGUUACCAAGAUGGAAUUUGAGUUUGAGAGGCGUAGGAUUACAAAGCAAGAUGUUAGGGAGCUCAUAUACCGUGAAAUUCUCGAGUACCAUCCUAAAAUGUUGAAAGAGUAUUUGGAAGGAUCAGAGCCAACAGGCUUCAUGUAUCCUAGUGCGGUUGACCAUUUCAAGAAGCAGUUUGCUUUCCUUGAAGAGCACUAUGGAAAUGGGACCACUGCAGCUCCACUUGAGAGGCAACAUGCAUCUUUACCAAGGCCAUGUGUAUUAUAUUCAGAUAAUUCGGUACAAAACUCAACAGACGUGACAGAUAACUUAUCUAAAUGUUCCAUCAAGGAGACUGAGAAACCCCAAGUAGAGAGAAGCUUUGCAAUCCCUAUGUCAAGGCUUCCCCCUCAAGUUCCUCAAAGCAUCCAAGCAGGUGCUGCCAGACCUGGGAAAGUGGUUGGAUCAGUAAUGCGUUACAACAAUUGUGGGGCAGUAGCCGCAGGUGAAGCUCUUGAACAACGAAGAAUGGUUCGAAAUCCUAUAGUUCCAACUCAAUACACAUAUCCACGAAGAAAUUCAGUCUGUAAAAACGAUAGGGGAGAAGAUGAAGUAGUUGAAGGUUCAACCGAAUUGCAGCCAAAACCCCAGUACAUGGUUAGGAAAGUUACAGCCGCCCAAGUUGGAUCCAGGAGUCAGUGGUAUUGACGUAAUAUCAACUACCAAUGGCCAACAAAAGCGCCUGAGAUGAUUUAAUCCUGUAUCACUCUUCCUACCACGAGGGGGUCAUCUGUUGAGGCAAUGUUGUACAUGCUCCGGCAGAGCUGGUUACGAAAGACGAACUACACACGUUAAGCUAUAAUUGUAAUUUAUAGCACUAAUUUGGAAGAGAUUGAACUGUGCCUACUAUCCUUCACCUAAUGGUUUUAUGGUCUAGGUCAAUGCCAAGUAAGACUUGAGGAGAAGGCCAAGUGAACUCUUAAUUUAUGAAGUUAGCUUCUACUUGUGUUAUUUUUUAUUAACACCUUUUUCCGCCAACUCAGCUUGCAGUAAUUUCUAUAUGAUGCUUCUGUUUUAGUGAUAUAUAAUACUUGGUCUUAGAAAUGAAACAUGUUCUGCUUCUUU